GGUAAAUAGUGGGCAAUGACUUGGCGAUCAAAGGAGACAAUGGCAGCGAAGAGAGACCUGAAUCUUGCACUUCCGACACUUGCUCCCUUGAAUCUCUUCGAUGCGGACAGAACCAGCUCAGCAGGGAAGGAUGCACUCGCUGACUUGGCUCGCGAUUAGGGACGCGUCCGACGGGAGACGCUGGAUGCUGACUUGCUUCGAUGCCCGCUCGGUCGCCUUGGUCGAUGGCCGCCUUUCGACUUUUCGCUGCUCAUCAGUACUUCACUCCCCUCCCCUCACACACAUCUCCCUGAGCAUGGUGCUCGUCGCUGCCAUGUCUACUACCUCAACCUCUGCUGAGCCUCUCAACGCUGACAACCUCGCAAGGCUUUCACGUCGCUCAUCGACUGACCACCUCGACUGGGUCAUUGAGCAAUGUCGCACCACGUAUUCAAUCGAGAAGCUACCAGCUGCCACCGAAGACAGACCUUGGCCAUCAUCGAAGAGGCCGUCCGUUAAUCAAGAAGACGCAACCCGCCCCUCACCAUGGCGUCGACGUGACGGUGGCGACAAGGGAAGUAAGUGAGAGCGUGCGUCUGAAGUGCUCAGCAUCAGUGCUUACCAUCACGCUCCUUCGCGACCCCUGCCAGAUCCUCUCCUCUCCUACGACCCUCCAGGCACCAGUUCAUACGCUCGCAAGCUCACCGUCGACGCCAAGAAGCGUAAGACCGACAGCUGCUUUCAUGUUGUGG